UUCUUAAUAAAAAUGAAAAAUAAAGUGAAUCCAAACCUACUUCCCUUUUGCGUAACAACAAACAUGAAAGAAUAAAUCAAAAAGCUGCUGCUAUUACAAAGAUCAUUCACCAUUACUAAAUUUAAGGUUGUUCAACAGCUUCUUCUUCUUCUUUAACUCUUGACUACUUUCACACAACAUGUAUUUAUAGGUCCCCAAUCUUGUCUUGUUAUUCACAUCAAAAUCUCACUCACUCUUGUCUUAUUCCCCCUUGGUUCGGAUGAAGAUGAAGAUGAAGACGAAGACGAAGAACAUCGUGGUUUGGACCUGGUCCUUGUGUUGUCUCUUCACACUCUCGUGCGCGUGGGACUCGGACUUGGACUUGAUAGGAAUCAACUAUGGGCGGCAGGGGAACAACCUCCCGUCUCCUUACCAGUCGAUCGAUCGCAUCCUAUCCAUGAAUGCCACGUACGUAAAGCUCUAUAAUUCCGACUCCGAGGUGCUAAAGCUCUUGGCCGGGACAGGGCUACAUGUCGCAGUGAUGAUAUCCAACGACCAAAUCUCCGGCAUUGCCUCCAACCAGUCGAUAGCCGACAAAUGGCUACGGGAAAAUGUCCUGGCCUACUACCCCGGCACCAAAAUCCGAUUCAUCCUCGUCGGGAACGAAGUGUUUAGUUACGACCAAGUCAACAUGUGGUUCGACUUGGUGCCCGCCAUGCGGAGGCUCAAGAGGUCGUUAAUUAAGUACGAUAUCCAUAGCAUUAAGGUCGGGUCGCCCGUGGCCAUGGAUAUACUCGAGUCCACUUUCCCGCCGUCAAAGGGCCGCUUCCGGUCGGAUAUACCUAUCCAGGUCAUUUCGUCGUUCCUCCGAUUCUUGAACGGGACUAAGUCCUUCUUCUUCCUCGACAUCUAUCCCUACUUCUCAUGGUCUUCCGACCCCAAGAACAUGGACCUCGACUUUGCAUUGCUCAAGGUCAAGAAGAAUUCGACCUACGUUGAUCCCCACAGCGGCUUGGUCUACACCAACAUGCUCGACCAAAUGCUCGAUUCGGUCACGUUCGCCAUGGGGAAAGCCGGGUUCGAUAACAUUAGCAUUGCCAUAUCCGAAACCGGCUGGCCUCACUCAGGCGACAUCGAUCAGCCUGGCGCAAACGCCUAUAAUGCUGCAGUUUACAACCGCAAUCUUAUCUCCAAGAUGACAACUUACCCACCGUUGGGGACACCAGCAAGGCCCGGGGUCGAAAUUCUCACCUUCAUAUUCUCUCUAUACGACGAAAACCAGAAGCCAGGCCCCGGUACCGAGAGGCACUGGGGUCUACUCGAUACCAACGGCAAUCCAUUCUACGAACUCGACUUGACGGGGACAAGCCAGUACAGGCAUUCUCCGAAGCCGGUGAGCAACGAGCCGUACAAGGGCAAGCUCUGGUGCGUGGCUGCCAACAAUGCUAGCGAGGUCGACUUAACCCCAGCAUUGGACUUUGCUUGCCGGCAUGUGAAUGGCACGUGCAGCAAGCUGGCCCCAGGGAAGCCGUGCUACGAGCCCAUAUCAGUUAAUGCACAUGCCAGCUACGCAUUCAGCUCCUACUGGGCUCAGUAUAGGAACGCCGGCGCAUCUUGUUUCUUCAACGGCGUUGCAACUCAGACCACCGUCGACCCCAGCCAUGGACUGUGCCAAUUCCCCAGCGUCACAGUCUGACCAGACAAGUAACUAUCCAUAGGGCUAUGCUCAUCAGCAACCAAUCCAUCUGUUUUCAUUUCUCUUGCAUCUCUCUUUCUCUAUAGAAAUAUCCCAAGAAAUAGCUUUAUCUGCUGUCCAUCAACUGUUGGAGUACCCAUCCUUAUAUUUAUAUAAUACAUGUCUUGUAAUAAAACUAUCAAGAUUUCCAUGCCCCAUGCCGUUUUGAUACAUAUCAGACAACACAUUAUAUAUAUAAAUCUACAACACACAUAUAAAAUAAUAAAAAAUGACAACACAUAUUAAUAC